UGUGUUACAUCGUGUUAUUUAGCUUUUAAAUAUUGCUAAACUAAUAUAAUUCUAUAGUAAACAAUACUUUAAAACAUAUUAUUAAUUAAUCAAUAUGUCUGAUCUCAAAGUGUGCCUAGUCUGACCUCAAACUGCAAAUGUUUGUGUAAUUAGACGUAAAAGUAAUAGAUUGUUUUCAUUUAAAGCAAUAUUAUGAAGAAGGUUUAGGAUAAAAGUAAUAAGUGAAUUAUCAAGUUAAUUUUUAUUUUAAACAAGAUGGUCUUCCAAAGUGCUUCUCCUAUGAAUGUGCUGGCAUGUUGCACAAGUUCCAUAGAUUCAAAGAAAAAUGACACAGACGCGAACAUGCUCUUACUGAAUUAUUGAGUAAUGGACCUUUUACCUUUAUGCCACCAGUUGCAGUGAAAACAACCGCUAUCGAACUAUUCGCAUCGUACCUAACUCACAACAACGCAUGAUAUGAAAUUCAUGCCUGCUGGCUGUUACCCAGACAGAGACUGCAAGUGAUCAGUUAUUCAGUUAUUGAAACACAUUAACAACAAGUGGCGUGGUGUUGCAUAAUCCAAUCAUUGACGUAUUUCAUGACUGUGUUGCUGUGCAUAGGUAGAUUGCGAAGACGAAAACUUCGAACGAAAUACCCGAGUGACACAGAUUAUUCCAUCAUCGAUAUUCAAUAUAGACAGAGAGAGCAACAACUUAGUCUUCUAUAAACAUACUUUCUGCAAAUACUAGAGUUAGGACUGACAAGAUAAUGAGUAAUACACUAAACCUAGUAAAACAGGAAAUUGAAAAUGUCGAACGAUAUGAAUUGAAAUUAGAAUAUGAAAGUGAUUCUUCUGUGGACAAUAAAAACUUAGCAGAAAUAAAAAAGGAAAUAUUAGAUGAAGAAGAUGAAUACAUAAUACCAGAAAAGACAAUUGACAAUGAUUUUACAAAUGUGAUUCAAAAACAAACUUUGACAUCGGAUCCAAGACCUGAUUAUAAUGAACAAAUAAACACAGAAGAAUUGAAUCAUUUUAAAGAUACAAAAGAAGAGUUCGUAACAGACAUUGAUAUUGACCAAAGAAACCAUUGUUAUAUAGAAAUUGAAGAAGAAAAAGUAAUUGUCCCGAAAAAAAGGAAAGAAAACAACUUUGUUGAAAAGACAGCUGAAUAUAAAACCAAAGAUUGGUGGCAGCUUAAUUUCAGAGAAGAGGAGGAGGACUUUACAGCGAGUACAAAUAAUCAGAAGUGCAAAUGUACUUUUUGUUCUAAGAAAUUCUCCAAAAAGGGGAUGCUGAAUAGACACCUUAAGUUGAAACAUACCAUGGAACUACCACAAGACGCAGAGCAAUACUGUCAGCUUUGUGACGUUAAAUUUAAGACGAUGAAGGCAUACGAGGAGCAUCUCACACAUUCAGCCAAGCAUGUGGAUGGGAUCAAUGCUGCUUCGGAAGACCCUCUCUGCCAGGUCAGGGCAGAGAGGCAGCCAACGCAGCAUCGCAUGGCUGCGCUACCAUCAGCUAGACAAGAGCUGAAAUCACGAAAGCGUGAUGAGCAUCUGAAGCGAACGCUUUUUCCAGAUGCGCCACCGCGCAAACGGCAGACAAAUGCUGCUUCGGAAGACCCUCUCUGCCAGAUCAGGGCAGAGAGGCAGCCAACGCAGCGCCGCACGGCUGCGCUACGAUCAGCUACGCGACAAGAGCUGAAAUCACGAAAGCGUGAUGAGCAUCUGAAGCGAACGCUUUUUCCAGAUGCGCCACCGCGCAAACGGCAGACAAAUGCUGCUUCGGAAGACUCUCUCUGCCAGAUCAGGGCAGAGAGGCAGCCAACGCAGCGCCGCACGGCUGCGCUACGAUCAGCUACGCGACAGGAGCCGAUACCACGAAAGCGUGAGGAGCACCUGGAGCGAAUGCUUUUGCCAGAUGCGCCACCGCGCAAACGGCAGACAAAGAAUUCUCCGGAACGUCAGCCAUGUAUAUUGGUCGUUCCACCUGCUGAUCAGAGUUUCGAACUUCGUCCCGACGAACCUUCUGCAGCGGAGCCAUCAACUUCGGGUGUAUCUCCUUCUGCUGAACCAUGCCCUGUAGAAAUUGUGUUUGAAGCUAUCCAAGUUUUGCCCGGUCCAGCGGAGGGAGAUAUCGACGUUGGUGCUGAAGUUGUGGUUGCCACAACUGAAGUUUCGGGGCUACCUUCAGCAAUGGGUGUUGGCGACACAAGUUUCGACCUUGUCAUGAAUGAGUGGUUGCGACUGACUGAUGAAAUUUGUGACAGUGGUGACGACAACGACGAUAGCUUCUUCCCGACAACACAAAAUGAGCGUAAUGCUCUUACAGAACCCGCUUGUGACAGUGACUUGACACUAUUCCAAGCGAAAGUGUUACAGAGGGAGGAGGAGUUGAAUGACCGCGCAAUUCGCGACAUUGUGCCCGAUGACUGUUACACUUUCGUUUGGAGUAAGGACAGGGCAGAUUUUCACGGAAAGCGUGAGAAGUUUACUGGUGUAUCUGGACCUACUUUUGAUGUGACAAAACAGACUCGACCCAUUGACAUGUUCGACAAGAUGUUCGACGUUACUUUUAUUGACCAACUUUGUACGGAGACCAACAGGUACGCAGAACAGACAAUUGCUUUGUUGCGAGAGCAAAACAAAGUAGGUAUUCACUCUCGUUUUCACCGUUGGUCUCCUACAAAUAGGGACGAAAUGAUGACGUUUUUAGCAAUAAUGAUUUUGCAAGGUCUCUACCCCUUACCGGAGGAAGAGGCCUAUUUUAAGUUCAACGGUUUCGGGACUUUGCAGUAUUUUGCCAAAAUCAUGACUUACAACCGGUUUUUAUUGCUAAAAACCUUUCUCCAUUUCGUCGACAGCCAGACUUGCACGGACACGACUAGACUUUGUAAAAUUCGACCCGUGAUUGACUAUUUCAACAACAAGUUUUCCAGCCUGUACAUGCCUUCACAAGAAAUAGCCAUAGAUGAAUCGCUUUUAAAGUGGCAUGGGCGAUUAAGCUUUACACAAAAGAUAUCGUCGAAGGCUGCACAAGUCGGGGUGAAAACCUACGAGCUUUGUGAAUCAUCUACUGGCUAUCUCUGGAAGUUUUUCGUUUACGCUGGAAAAGACAAACCGACCUCGACUUCUGACGCCACGGACAGAUCAGACGAGGAGGAAGCCAUUGACGGACUUGGCGAAGACGACGACAGAUCCACUAAUGAUGCAACGACUGACGGAUCUAGGAGUGGUGAACACGGAGACCGUCCCGUGACUGCUACUGCUAGAAUUGUUUACGAUUUGAUCGAGCCACUACUUCAUCGCGGGCACACUGUAAUAAUGGACAAUUUUUAUAAUAGUCCAUUAUUAUUGCGGAGCUUGAAAAAGAACAAGACGGACUGUUAUGGGACACUCAGACUGAAUCGGGAAUUCGUUCCUGAUACAGUCAAGAAUUUAACAAAGACUGAACUUCGACAAGGUGAAGUAGUGGCUACGUACUGUUCCGAUUUAGCUAUUAUGGUAUGGCGAGACGCUAAUCUAGUUAGUUUGAUCUCUACAUACCAUAAUCUUCAAAUCGGGUCUCAAGACAAAUACAAUAGACAGACUUACAAACCGAAUAUUGUACUGGACUACAAUAAGAGCAUGGGAGGAGUUGAUAGGAAAGAUCAAUUCUUAUCAGCUCAUCCCAUGGAACGUGUCAAGAACAAGGUUUGGUACAAGAAACUUUUCCGCCGAAUGUACAAUGCCGCCAUAUUCAACUGCUUUGUGAUAUUUUCCAGUGUUCACCGGAAAAUAUCACAUCGUCAGUUUCGCACUGAAUUGGCCGAAGACUUACUUAGACGACAUAGACAAAUUGACUUGACGACUGAAUACCGGCGUUUGAACGGAAGAGCAAGCACGACUUCACCGGUGAAGACGACGACACAACGUAACAUUCACCACAGGACGCAAGCCAGACCGAUUGUUGAAGCCAACCAUUUCCCUAUUCGUACGGGGUCGAAGUACACCUGUUGCUGGUUGUGCCCAAAAAAAACCCGAACUAUAUGGAAAUGCGAGGAGUGCGACGUAAAUCUAUGUGUUGACGGUUGUUUUAAAGCAUACCACAAACCAUAACUUUAUACAUUUAUUUAUAUUCUUUUUAUUAAUACAUAAUGUAUACCUAC